AUGUCUGCAAAUGAGUUGAACAGAUCAAACAGUUCUUUCAGCAUCACCAGGUCGCCAUGGAUUGAGCCCAGCUUGCACGUUUCCCUGCGCUGCUCGUUGACCUCGUCUCUGCGCUCGCUCGGUGGAGACAUCAGCAGAUUAUCCACAGAAAGACACGCAACGAUAUCUAUCACCGGGCCAAGACAUCCCAGCGUGCUAGCACGGAUCAGAACGGCUGCCAGGUGCGGAGCCACAGGCAACACCACGAGCUGCUGUCCGAGCUCUGUGAUCUGGCCGCGGUCGUUCAGCGCGUUCAGAGAGUACAGCUGGUGCAACGCGGCCACCAAACUGUCGCGGCCCGGGUUUUCCAGCCAGUGCCAUUUCAGAAUGUCGUUGACCCCCAUUUUCUUGAGCAUCAACACCGGCGAAACCACGUCCGACCGCAAAAUCUCCGGCUCCGUGUUGUCGCUCAGCUUGAGUCCCGAGUCCACCACGUACCUGAUCCCGGGCACUGUGAUGGACGUCUCUGCAAUAUUGGUAGCCAAGAUAACUUUGCGCUGGUUUGGCUUGAGUUUCUUAAACACCUCCAUCUGGACGUGCGACGGAAGCGCGGCGUACAGCGGAACAGGCACCAAGAUCGGCGCCUCUUUGGGCAAAAUCGGUGCCAGCUUCGCCAGCAUGUCGACGAUCUUGUCGAUGUCCUCCUGUCCCGACAGAAAGCACAAAAUAUCUCCCGUUGGUUCUGUCUGGUUGAGCUGCACCACUGUCUUAGUGACGGUGUCAACGAUAUCCUCGACCGGCUGCGGCAAGUACAGACGCUCCACCGGGUACAUUCGACCCUCGACGAAGAAAAUUGGUGCGUUGUUGAAAAACUGCGAGAAUUUGUCCGCGUCCAGCGUGGCAGACAUGAUGAUCACCUGGAACUGGUCGUUCUGUCGUUUGUUGAACACCAGGUCUUUCAGAAACCCGAGCAACAGAUCCGUGAGAAUCGUCCGUUCGUGA